GCCCGGCUUUCACUAACGUUCUCAAAGUCAAAAUCUCAGCUCAAAUCUGAGAUUUUUCUCAACUCAGAGACUGAGAUUGAGAUUUUUCUCAGUUUGGCUUUCACUAACAAAAUCUGAGAAAAAUCUCAACUUAAGACUUGAGAUUUUUCUCAGAUUUAUUGAGACAAAGGUUUGCCGUCUCAGUUUUUGUCUCAGACAAUCAAAAUGGCGCUUUCAAGAAGAGUACACCUUCGUCGUCGGCGUGACAAACGAGUUUUUAGAAAACGAUUCUCGUUAGAUGAUAUGGAUGAUGGAGAACUUAGGAAAAGAUACAGAUUUUCUAAGGCUUCCAUUUUGUACAUACUCGCUAUAGUAGAGAGAUUUUUGAUUAGAUCGACGAGAAGGAGCCAGUCUGUGCCACCAAUGCUUCAGCUUCUGACAGCCCUGCGGUUUUUCGCCACGGGGUCUUUCAUGCGCCUCGUCGGCGAUUCUACUGGGCUGUCAGAAUCGUCUGUUUCGAGAUGCGUGAUAAGGGUCGCCAAGGCACUUGUUUCUGCGGCCAAGGAUUUUAUACGCAUGCCUUCGGCUUCCCAAACAAGGAUCACAAAGGAAAAGUUCUAUCGUAUCAGUAAAUUUCCAAAUGUAAUUGGAGCUGUGGACUGUACGCACGUUAAGAUUCAGGCCCCAACCAACAAUGAAAGUGACUUUGUAAACAGAAAAGGGUUUCAUUCGAUUAAUGUACAGAUGGUUUGUGAUGCUGAAUUUAAGUUUUUAAACUGUGUAGCAGAGUGGCCAGGCUGCACACAUGACGCAAGGGUCUUUAGGAACAGUAAACUCUGUGAAAGUUUGGAAAAUGGACAGUAUGAUGGACUUUUGGUUGGGGACUCUGCUUAUCCAUGUCGCCCUUUCCUAAUGACACCAUUCAACCAACCUAGUGACGAAAAGGAAAGGAAGUUUAAUUCAGCAUUGUGUCGGGCGAGAGUCCUUAUUGAACAAAGUUUUGGUAUUUUAAAGAGAAGGUUUCCAUGCCUACAGGUCGGGCUUCGCAUGUUACCUGAGAGGGCUGCACUUGUCACAAUGGCAUGUGUUGUCCUCCAUAACAUUGCCAUGCAGAGGGAUGAACCUCUUGACGACACUGGCGAAGUUGACAUUGGAAAUGAUGCCAGCAAUGUUAGCCUUCCAGAACAUAACGAUGGAUCUGGAAUUCGCCAACAUUUAUGUCAAAAUUUCUUUUAAGCACAGGAAACUGAUGUUUAAAACAAAACAAAAGUAUUUCAACAACCAAGGAAACAUCACACCCUUAUAUUAUGUAUAUAUUGUUGAAUUUUUGUUUUGUUUUAAACUUCAGGCUUCUGUGUCUGUAGGCAAGGAAACCUUCAUUUUAUAGAGGAUAUUUGUUUGUAUUGUAUGUAAUAAUGAAAUAUAUUUAUUUAUCACACACCCGUGCCGAUUUUGCGACUCCGUAAAUAUGGUAUUGCACGGCCGUGCAUAUAUUUUGACGUGACGUCAUUAGCGUUAUACAAACAUAGUGUUAAGACGCGCUAAAUGUUGGUGUUUAAGUAUAGGCGCGUCAAUGAAAAAUGACUCUUAUUUCACUUUAAACGGUCUUGAUUUUAUGGUAUGUGAUAAAUAGAAUAUUAAAUUCGUGUAAGUUCAUUACUGAAUAUAUUGCACUCGUUGAAUAAAAUAAUAUUAUGCUCGCCAAAGGCUCGCAUAAUAUAAUUUUAAUCAACUCGUGCAAUAAAUUCAGUAUUGAACUUACACUCAUUCAAUAUCCUCUAUAGAAUAUCUGGAGUAUGCAAAUGAAAUAUAUUUCAAUCUAAUAUGUAAAACAAAUAAAUUUUCUUUUUGUGCCCCCAAUUAAAAGUGGGGCAUUUACCCUUGUCCGUCUGUUCGUUCUCUUUUGUGCCGCAGGUAACUAAAAAAAUAUUUGACCUAGUCAUUAAACUUUACAGGAUUGUUGAUAAGCAUGAGCAGUUGUGCACCUCGGUAUUUUCAUGUGGAUUAUAUAGUGUUUUUAGAGUUACUGCCCUUGACUUAGUAAAAAUUUGCAUUUUUCAACUUGUGUCACAUGUAACUCAAAAAGGAUUGGACCUAGUCCUGAAACAUUACAGGAAUAUUGAUCAGCACGUGUAGUUGUGCACCUGGUUAUUUUCGUGUGGAUUUAUUCAGUAUCUUUUACAGUUAUUGCCCUUGACUUAGUAAAAAUUUGCAAUUUUCAACUUGUGUCGAUGUAACUAAAAAAUUAUUUGACCUACAAUCAUGAAACUUUACAAGAAUGUUGCUCAGUAUAUGAAGUUGUGCACCUGGGGUUUCAAUUGUGGAAUUAUUCUAUUGAUAUAGAGUUACUGCCCUUGACUUAGUAAAAAAUUUGCAAUAUUCAACUUGUGUCGCAUGUAACUCGAAAAGGAUUUGACCUAGAGUCAUGAAACUUUACAGGAAUGUUCAAUGAUCAGCAUGUGUAGUUGUACUUGUGAAUUUAUUCAGUAUUUGUAAAGCUCUUGCCCUUUACUUAGUAAAAGAUUUUUACUUUUCAACGUCCAAAAAUAUGUAGUAGGGCACCUUUGUCCUAUGCACACAUUUCUAGUCAUUGCAUGCUUUUUAAGUGAUUCUAAUUAUUAUUUUACUGAUUUUGAUGUAUACUGUUAGGUUGUGCAUUUACUUUAUGACGUCAUGACAUAAUUACGUCACAUCAUCAAUUUUGAAAUAUUGUUCUUUUGCAUUGCUCUAAUUUUUAACAUGAUGUAUGAUGCAUUUCUCUAAUUUUUAACAUGAUGUAUGAUGACAUUGACUUUCUUUUUCCUGGAGAAGCGAACUUUAUGUAUGAGAGCAUUUUUUUUGCCUAUUAUUAUCCCCUGCUGAAAACUGGCCGGGGAUAUAGAAAUAAUCUCUCUCCGUCAAUCCAACCUUCUGCCAUCCGACAUUUUUUGUCCGGAGCAUAUCUCAAAAAGUAUUAGAGGUAUCAACUUGAAACUUCAUAGGUGGAUAGAUCUCAUUGAGGAGUGCAGCACACAAGAUAUAAUAACCUAACCUGCAUUAUUUUUCAGUUUUUGCCCUUUGUUAUUUUCAGCCAUCAGUAUUCACAUAGGUUUCAUGUCUGUAAUCACUUCAGCCAUCAGUUUUAUUUACCUAAAGACCUCUUAAAAUUGAAUGAUUCUGCUCUAGUACAUAUCAUUCAACACAUUCGGCAGGGGAUGGUCAUGUAAAAAUGGCUCUUGUUCAAUUAAGUUAUGGUAUUCUUUUCAUCAGCAUUCAGAUAUAGUCCAGCUGCAGUGAAAAUUAUAUGUUAUAAAUUUCACUAGUGGUUUGUCAGAUUAUAGGCCUCUCCUUUUUUCAACGAAAUUAAGAAAUCUAAAUGAAAACAGAACUUUUGAAUUUUCAAAUUUUAUUAUGUUGAUGUUAACAUACAUUUCAUUAUACUCAAGAAUUAAAGGCACAUUAUGCCUCAGAAACCUUUUAAUAUUUCCUUCUUAAAAAAGGGCAAAUAUGAGGUUCAUAACAUUUAAUAAAUGACUUAACAGCAUGUUAGAUGUACACAAUUUAUUGCCUGGAAAAUCUAGAGCUGAAUGUGAAAGUCUUGGUCAUACUUGUAAAAGUAAUGAAAUGUAAACCAUGGAUUAUUUUUAUUUCCAUUCAAAUUGCUAAAACACUGUAAAUGAGCCGUGUCACGACAAAACCAACAUAAUCGCAGUCUGAUCAGGAUCCAUGCUGUUCGCUAUCAGUUUCUGUACUUAUUAUAGAGUUUGUAAGCGAAUAGCAUGGAUCCUGAUCAGAAUGCACGGAUGCGCAGGCUAGUCUGGAUCCAUUCUGGUUGCAAACCCAUUAUGUUGGCUUUGUCGAGACGCAGCUCAAAUGUAUUUAUUGCCAAAAUAAGCAGCAGAAAAAGAUUGCUUAGGUAAUUAGCAAAUGUAUAACUUAAAUCC